UUUACAUGCGAUGCGAGUCGGUCGAAGUCCCAAAAACAAACAAAAAAUUAUCACCUUAUCAGCUCCAGGCCGCGUAAACAUGCUGUAGCCGCAGGGCCACAAAAGUGCAACGGAGAAAAUGCUUUCCUCUUUUUCGGACAACAACAGCGUCGGUUCGUACAGUGGCGGUGUAACGGUCGGUUCCCUCACCACUUCCGGCAUGAUGGAUCCUAGCGGAAGUGGCGGAGGGUUUCUCUCGCGCCGCAGUGCAUGGCUGCGUGAGUACCGAGAUCUUCAGGCCAAUGUUAUGUCGGUGGAUUGGACUGGAAACUGGAUUCUGUUGGCCGGACGCCGGAUGUUGGCAUUACAAUCGAUCAAAGAUUACGCCUUAAUGGAUUCUUCGGUUGCGGUUAUAAGGGAGGAUGUGGUCGGUUCAAAUGCCGCCUCCUUUGGACUGAGCAAAUUCCCUAGGCCUUGGAAGUAUGAAGUAUCUGCUGCUGAAUGGGCAAUAUGCCAGAACAGUCAAGAAUAUUGUGCUAUUGCUACGAGUCAAACGAUAGAGGUUUUUACCUGGCAGAGUGGUCAACCUACGUUGAAGCAUUCGUUGAGGGCCCAUACUCGAAUGAUUACGGAUAUUGAUUGGCAUUCGAAGGUUCCCCAUUUGCUGGCGAGCUGUUCGAUAGAUACUUUUACCCAUCUGUGGGAUUUGCGGGAUCCUCGGAAGCCAGUCUUGUCGUUGAAUGCUGUUUGUAUGUCUGGUGCUAGUCAGGUUGGCUUCAAUCGAGUUUCUGGUAAUUUAGUGGCCACGGCUCACGAUGGAGAUUUAAGAAUUUGGGAUCAGCGGAAAGGUUCUUGUCCGAUGCAAUACAUAACGGCACAUUUGUCCCGAAUUCAUGGUAUAAACUGGAGUCACGAUCAUGAAACUAGCCUGUCGACGGCCAGCCAAGAUGGAACCGUAAAAUAUUUUGAUAUCAACAACCCAAGAAGAGCCGAGAAAAUAAUUACAACGUCUUGCCCAGUGUGGCGAGCUCGUUAUACACCGUUUGCUGAUGGGCUGGUAACGACCAGUGUUCCUCAUCAAGGCCGUGGUGAACACAGUUUGUUGAUGUGGAACAAUUCCAAACAAGAUGCUCCGAUAUGUUCCCUGGCGGGUCACACAGACGUAGUUUUAGAUUUUGCCUGGCGUCGUAGAAGUCUCGUGGGUACUGAUCCGGAACUCAUAACCUGGUCCAGAGAUCAAACGAUUCGUAUUUGGAAAAUUGACGAAGAAGUUCGUAAAUUAUGUGAACGUUACCCUCCGGACGAUGACUUUGGAUUGAUUAUUGAAGAAGGAUCUACUCUCAGCAAGGUUGGAUCGGGUAGUAGCAUCAAAAGUCCAACUCGUGAAAAACAACCGUCCGUUUCGCUACAGCAUGAAUUUUCUUUGCUCAAUCCCAAUAUUCCACACAUCGAUAUCGAAGUGUUGGACCCAGUCAAACGGACUGCAACGGUUAGGAUUUCAGUAAACGGGUACGUCAUCAUGCUCCAGGUCAAUUUCCCGCCACAGUAUCCUAACAACGGAAUCGGUCCGGAGUUUGCCUACUGUCAGGGGACGUCGAUUGAUGAUAAUCUCUCAGUAACUCUCAUGAAAACACUUCGAAUGACCGCCAGCCAACGGAUUAAAAAGAGUCGAACUUGUCUCGAGCAAUGUCUGCGAGCUUUGGUGACUCAAAUGAAGAAAUCGACCAACAAUGGAGAUAAACACCUACGUCUACAGUCACCUCGCCUUGAAGGAGCUCUAAGCAGCACCCUGCACGAUGCCUGUGUUCCGUUCCCGAGAACGUCCGGUGCCCGGUUCAGUCAAGUGGGCAUUUUGGUGACUUUUUCUCGUCCGCUGAAUACCAAAAGGAUAAGUCUGAAGCACCAGAAUACUACCCCAAGAGCCUUAAGCGCUAUAAGCGGAGGUUAUCUUGGUAAUGUUAUGGGAUCCCAGCCAAUUUUGUACGCUCAUCGGGAUCCCAGCGUUUCUUCUUUCUAUCUACAUGAUCGAAAAUCGACCCGUCACCGCGGUAGCACCCCGAAGGUUUGCGUUGCCCCGGUGAACGUGUACGACAUCUCAAAAAUCCUGUACGUGAGCAAGGAGCUGGCGGAAAACUACAUCAUCAAUACCACAAAUCUGGCCGGAAUGUGUCGGCACAACAGAGAAGUGGCUGAGAAAACGGGGCGCCCGGAUCUGGUCCAGUGUUGGUCCCUGGCGGAGAUGAUUGCCCAACCCGGUACCGACUUCGAAACCGAUGACGAUAUGAUGUGUUCCCAAAAUCCAUUCGCCAAAAGUUUGCUGGAGUCUUUAAUCAGUCACUUUGCCAAAAUUUUCGACAUCCAAACGGCUGCUAUGCUGUGUUGUGCUUUCGGGCGACACUGUCCAUCGCUGUAUGAGCUGUCUCGAAGUUCCAGUUCCAGUAGUAAAUCGGUUAAUCAGAGUCACUUACUAAGCGGUCUUCGCAAAAUCAAGCCUAGCGGUUCUCCGUAUCACACCAUUCUUCCUGUUGAUACCAAUUCGAACUCGACGACCAUUUGGAAUCUGGCCCAGCAGCUGAAACAUCUGCGAAGUAAUUCGUGGUCCGAUUCGUUGGAUGAUUGCCGGAUCGCCGGUUUGGGCGAUAUCAAUCGAAGUUUGCUGGGAGACAGCAACCGGUACCAGUACGACAACUUCAAAAGGGCCUAUGCCGAAAUGUUGUACCGGUGGGGUUUGCUGGUUACCCGGACCAAAGUGCUGAAAUACCUAUCGCACUACAUCGAUACGCCACGGUGUGUGGAAUUCGUUACCGAAUGUUUGCUGUGCUGUCGGCUGGGUGCGCCGGCCUGUUCAUCCUGCCGGAAACCUGUCCUCUACUGUACACUGUGUCGGCUUCCGGUACGCGGAGCGGCCAAUGCGUGUCUUCACUGUGGCCACGGAGGGCACACGGAGCACAUGCGCAUAUGGUUCGAGAAGCACGACGAGUGCGCAACCGGAUGUGGGUGCCACUGUUUGCAGCAAAGUUCGGCUUUGUGUUUGAACUAGGUUUUUCUUUCGUUGUUGAGUUUAAGUAUUGUUUAAAAAU